AAUGUUAUAAAUUAUUUCGUUUUCUAUUAAAGAAAAAAGGGUCAGAACACUCUCAAUGGACAAAAAUUUGUCGUUAUGAAGCGGAUUGGCCGUGAAAAAAAAAAUCAGGAAAGAAUACUAUCGUCAAAAGUAUAAUGUUUUAUUUCCAUCUCUCCUAAAAAUAGCCCCGACGAGUAAUUUUAAAAAUCGCUGAGAUUGCCAUAAUGAAUCGAAAUAAUUUCGGUUUCAUUACGUCAUUCUUCUGGACAGGAUUUAUAUCUACAUAGUACACAUCUGAAAUGCACGAGUAUUGGAACAGUUAAACAAUGAAGAUGGUCACUUAAAUUGUCUACGGUGGUGAAAAUAUCAAACUUAUUUAACAGUCCUGUACAACUUGAACCUUCUUUCUACACAGGACAGAGGAUAACCGAAUUAUUUGUGAAACGAGAAGAAGAGAAGAUCACAGCAUUUUAAACAUGGAGGCUAUUAUGGCAGGUUUCUGGGUUUUUCUCGUCUCUUUUGCGACUGCUAUAAUUUUUGUGUCUUUGGCAUCCAUACCUCUCCAGAUAGCAAUGAUAGUUAUUGGAGCAAAAUACAAAGACGAGUGCCCAGUGGAAGAAAUGAUCCCUGUUUACCUCAUAGUAGCAGGGGCUGCCGGUUUAUUCGCCAAUUGUUGUACCGGCGGUGUGAGAUACAACCAGCAAGGGGAUGAUGGAAAUACUGUAAAUCUGCUGCAGGCUCUUGUGCAAUUUGUUCUUUUCGCUUGGUUCAUUUGUGGGAAUGUAUGGAUUUACGCGAACUAUGAGCCGAAUUACACGGACCCUUCGAGUCUGGACUACUGCCAUAAGACACUUUAUCUAUUUGCAUUCUGGGUCACGAAUUCUGCUUACAUUCUUUACGGAUUCAUAUCAGUCUGUCUCUGUUGCUUUGGAACUUGCACCGCCACUGUAGGCAUCGGUAAAGCGUGUGUAGUUGUGUAAAAGAUCCGAAAGGAGAUUAUCACAUUCAUGUCGAUGUUAAUAAUAUUAAAAAAAAAAAAUAAUGAAAA